GCGAGGAGGAGUGAAGGGAAAGUUGCGGUGGAUGUGGAGAGGUAUCUGGGGGAGCUGGAGAGGGAGGGGGCGUUGGAAUGGGAUUCUUGCUGGCGUGAGCACGGCGUAGAUCUAGCAUGAGGGACAUCCAGCUGGACAUGGAACCCAUUCGGGCAUCGAUGAAGUUUGGGUGGAUAAGAGAUUGAUGGAGAUGUCACAAAGUUUGACUGCAUUCUACCAUGUGUACCAGAUCAAUAAGCGGUCUGGACUCUGAAUUGAUCAGGGCCAAAGUCGGUCUGGUCUCAACCAGGAUGAUAGCAUGGAACAAUGAAUGCUGCCAUGUCUACUGGGGGAUGUGCGUGCUGAUUUUUACUGUCGACCUACUUGACAUCGUAGAACACAAGAUUGGGACACCAACGUGCGUAGAAUACUUAAAGUAUUGUCGUUCAGCAAGCCAAACAGAUGGCACAAUCCAUCAAAUCUUUCAUCUGACAACCACGGGUAAAGGUCAGAAAAAUGGUUCUUUCUUCACUGCCCUAUCGACAUCAAGAUAUAUUAGGUUAUCCAUCCCCAUCUCCUCAUCACCUUCUCCCCCUACCAACAUCCACGCCCAAACCCGAGUCCAAAUCCGCGGCUCAAAGGUCUCCAGAAACGAAAAACAAAAGCACGAAACAAAAAAAGAGAUUAACGCCCGAAAACCGUCACCGUCACCUUCACCAUCGCCAUCGCCCUAAAGCAAAAUUCCAUCCCACACAUAAAUGGUAUCCGAUCCCACUCCCACUCCUCCGCCUC